AUGUCUCUAGAUACUUCUCUGCAAUUCCUCCACCAGUGGUCACAGGCGGCCCUGGAGCGUCUCCCUCCGCAGGCACAGAACGUCCUGUCGCAUCCACUCGUCCCCAAGGCAGUCGCUGUCCUAGGAGCGCUGGGCGCAUUGCACCAGACCAACAAGUGUCUCAACAAAUGGACAGCCAACAAUUUCACCCGCAGUGAUCCCUGGGAUCCAGCGCGUGAGCUGGCCCUGGUAACAGGAGGCUGCAGCGGUAUCGGCAAGCAGAUCAUGCUCGACCUGGCAGCGGCAGGCGUCCGGGUGGUCAUCCUCGACAUCCAAGAGCCCCCGUUUAAGCUGCCCGCAAAUGUCGCCUUCUACAACGCCGACAUCACCACGUCCGACAACAUCCGCGCCGUGGCGCAGCAGAUCCGCGCCGACCACGGCGACCCGACGGUGCUGGUCAACAACGCUGGCGUGGGCCACGACGGCUCCAUCCUGGAGGAGCCCGAGGCUAAGAUCCGCCAGACUUUUGAGGUCAACACCAUUUCCCACUUCCUCAUGGUGCGCGAGUUCCUGCCCUUCAUGAUCAGCCGGAACCACGGCCAUGUCAUCACCGUGGCCAGCAUGGCUAGCUUCAUCUCCCUGGGCGAGAUGGUCGACUACUGCUGCUCAAAGGCCAGCGCCCUCGCCUUCCACGAGGGACUGGGUCAGGAGCUGAAGACGUGGUACAAUGCGCCCAAAGUGCGCACUAGUGUGAUCCAUCCGCUCUGGGUGCGCACACCCAUGAUCCAGCAGCUGACCGACGCCGGCGACCAGUUUAAGCAGCCCGUGUUGACGGUCGAGAUGGUCUCGGAAGCCAUCGUGCGGCAGAUUGUCCAGCAGAAGAGCGGCCAGGUGAUCCUGCCGGGCCGGCUCACCUUCAUCAGCCUGAUACGUGCCUUUCCCUCGUGGCUGCAGGAGCGCGCCCGGGGAAUUGGUUCCAGGGAUCUGUUCAAUCUCCGCAAGUGUCAGUCCCUGCAGGAGCAGAAGUAA